CUUCCGAUCAAUUUCCAUUCUUUUUAAUCCUACCUUCCGCCGCGAAUCCCCCUCUUUUCCUCCACAUCAAUCAUGGUUCACAAAGUCCUCUUCUGGGGUGGCUUCGGUAUGUUCACCACAUCCACACCACCCACCCUUGCUAUACCAGCAUGCAACUGCUAGCUAGAUAGCUAGCUAGCAAGCUGUCUCCCAUCCGCUUCCCUUAUAUUCAAUUGCUGGCCAUGCUAUAUAUUAAAUACUAAUAACUCCUCCAACAGGCAUCGCCGUCCGUCUCUGGCAACUCGGUAUCGAAAUGCGUCCCAUCCUCGCCAAGGAGUCCCUCUGGGUGUACCCCCUCUUCGCCGGAGUCGGAGGCAGCUUCGGUUACUGGCUGCAGGGCGUCGAGAACCGUCAAUUGAGAAUUCUUGCACAGCGCCGGGAAGCUAUCCUGGAGAAGCGCCGGAGGAGAGACGAGCGCGAGGCGGUGGGGUUGAGCAAGCCUGAAGAGGCGGGUGUUUUGGCUGCGGCGGCAUAAAUGAAUGAGAUGUUGUUGCGAUGAUGAAGGAUAGGAAGAAUUGUGGUUGGGUUUGGGUGCUAGAGCUGGCCGAAAAACUGAGGCUUUUGUACAUUGCGUUUGUUGUGAAUUCUAUUAUAUUACAUCAUAUCCUUAAUUUCCUGCGUCGCGGUGGUGGUGUUUUUGACGGUUUCUGAGGGAUUGGAUGGAGGAAGUCUAUGGAAAAUGGUCCGGAGGUCUGGAUCUGGACUUGAUGGUAUUAGGCUUGGUGAAGGGAGGAUGAUAUAGAUCUAUCUCAGGUGUCUUACUAUGUCGGUUCUAGUCCAACGAGAUAUUGAGGGUAGGAAGGUCCUGUGAUAGUUGCAGAAUCAUCCUAUCGUUGUUUAUACCUAUGGGUA